CCUUUACCCAUCCAUCGCCUUCACCCUUCAUCGCAGCACGGCAUUUCGACACCAGCAGCCGGCUUCCAUCAUCGCCCAUCCUGCAUCCUUUCCCCGGCGCAGCAGUCUCUACCGCUGGCCAUCCCGCGAUGCGGCACUGAUCCCUCGACGGCAGCCCAUCACCGUUCACCGCGGCGUCAUCGCCCUCGUCACGUCAGCGCCCGAUCCGAAGGCCACCGACUCCCGUCGCGCCCCUCAACAUGUUUUCUCCCGCCGCCGCCGCCGCCGAGGGUGGCCCGGCUACAGCGACUCGAUCGCGCCGUCGCCAGCGACCCAAGAGCUCCGAGAGCCUGGUUCCGCCACCCAAGGCAAAGCGUCAGCGCCUCCCGCUCACCGAGCAGACAUUUGCGCAGCCCGAGGCCCAGGCCGAACCGGUCGAGACUAAGCCCGAAUCCAAGCCUGAGGUCCGACCUGCGACCGUCGAAGCGAAGGCGCGCGACACGUCGACGGAGAUUUUCCACCCCGUGAUGCGGCGGGAAUCCACCGUGAGGACCAAGAAGUCGAAGCACGGCGAUCGAGCCGCCAACAAGGGCGAUGGCAGCCUUGUUCUUACGAGCAACAAUGCCUUCACCGUUUCAAAAUUGCCUGCAUUGCCAGACAGGAUCCGCCAGGACUCGUCGGGAAACAUAAGCGCCCAGAUUUUCUCAUCCUCCGGAUACGCCCUGGCACUGACCCCAGCACAUGCCAUGGUCUGGCCCUACAACUCGACGUCGCAGUCUCCCGAGACUUUUACCUUCACCUUGCCAUCCGCCUCGAAGCCCUCCGACCCGUUGCCAGUGGGAUGUCUUGUAUCCCCCUCCGCGUCGUCGACGGAGCCUGGACUUGUUAUUGUCAUGUCCGGCAGCGGAAAGGUGGUUUUCUGGGAGUCCAUAUCGAGCGCCGCGACUUUCGCUUUCAUCAAGAAAGAUCGAUCCGGAGUCGAGUAUCUAAUCUCAGGCAUGUCGUCUGGCGAGAAGGUAGUCGGAAUUACAAAUGCGGAGUCGGCAGGCUUCAUUCUCACGUUCAACUCGGGGAGAUUGGCGUACAUGACGGUCCGGGACAGCCACGGACGACCCGCGAUUUCGGUCCAGUUUCUCCGAGCUGGUCUAACGCCUUCUAGCAGCGGCUUCCUGGGGAGCAUCCGCCAUGCCUUUUCGCAUCUCUCUCUCCGAGGCGACAUCGCGGCCGUUCGAGCCGAUCGCUCUGCCCGCGUCGGCGAGCGCAACAUCGUUGCUCUCACGAGCAAGGGCAAGCUACAGUCCUGGAGGGUCCAUCGCGGUGGGCACAACGAAUCCCUGGGAGAGGCAGAUAUUCGAGACCGUCUCGCUACAGCCCUCAAGGAAACCGACCCGCAAAUCGAGGAUUACUCCACGGAGUCUUUGGAAACGCUCGAUUUCAGCUUUGUUCCAACGGGACUGGAACCAAAGUACCUGGAAUUGAGCAGGCUCAGUGAUGCCAUGGCAACCGACAACCCUACAGUACAGCAUCUUCUGCUUCUCGUCAGCAUGUCAAGAUCUAACAAAUCUCGCUACGCCUUGGUCGAGAUCAUUUUGACUCCGACAAACUGCCAAAUCGGCAUGAUACGGCCAAUCACCUCGUACUCGACACCUUUCGACUCUUCCGACCCGACGCAGCCGCAACGACCUCGCGUUUACCUGCCCCGACCAGCAUUGGUGGCAUUCGUCGUGUUUGACCGUGCUGCUAUUGUUGCUUCGGUGGCCUUGGCUCCUGAAUCUCCUGACUCGCAGUUGCAGUCUGACAGCCAUAUCCUGCCGGCUUCGUUCGAGGACGUUGUCGACUUUAGAGAGGACAAUGUUCACGAAAUCGUCGGCUCCGGCUUCGAGGAGAUGUCUUCAGCAGCGCCCAACGGACAUGACGAAAGCCGCUCUAGUCGAUUGAAGACCAAGAACCCAGCGAUUGUCCUCUUGGUGCGCGGUGCCGGUGUUGUGCGGAUUAUUACGACGGACGUCGACAAGUUUGCCAGCGACCAGCCGCCUCAAGUUUCUGCUAAGAGCAAACUGGAACAGGCUGUCUUUUUUGGCCUCAAGAAAGACAACCCUCUGAUCUUUGACGGCCGACAAGACCUGAGCUUCUCCCCAGAGGAUCUCUCUGAAGCUGCACUGGCAGUCAGUCACGAGAUCCUCAGCUCGUCUACCUCGUAUAUCUCGACGCUGCCCGCUUCGAUAGAAGACAACCUUUUCGCGCGGUCUGAAGCCCUGCAAAGACUGAUGACGCAUCUACGAGCAGUCGGUGCCGACCUUGACCGCAAGACACGCUGGCAACUCCUGUUCAACGCAGAGAAGAUGCAUGUCGCCGCCCAACUCUGGAAAUUGCACGAAGCUUUCACCGCCAACAGGCCAGCCGAGGACAAAAAGAGCUUGGUGACUUUGGUAGUUGACUUCAUCCAUGAGGACCAAAAGCAUAACCCUGUCCCUAAGAAGGGUGAGGUCGAUGCUGUGCGUCACUGGUUUGUGAACGACAUCUACCGAAUCGAACUUUUCGUUGCUUGGUCGUACGAAGUCAUCAAGGUCUUAUACCGAGACAAAUGCCUGGACGACGUAAAGAUCACGACUUUGAUGUACGAGGCCAUGCAAAUCAACAUCUGCACUCACAUUGGGGCGCACGACUUUCGACGCAGCAACAUGGCCUUUUACGGUCUGGAGCACGAGCAAUUGCGAAUGGGAAUCCUACGGGACGGCUACGAGGGCCUUCCGGAGCCCUGGACAGGUUGCAUGUACAUUGCCAACAACCUGAAACGUCUGACAGACCUUUGCGACCAAUGGUUCAGGAAGCAUGAGCAGCGACGGUUUGAACAAAAGGCGCCAAAUCAGCGGGAUCCUCAACUCAUCAUCAAGCUUCAUGAUGACCUCCCCGCUUUAACGGACGCCAUGCUCACUGCCGUCCUGGAGCAUGCACGCUGGGGCCUCGCCAAUUCGGAGAAUAAAUCAGUCGCCCAAGAAUACGUCAAGACAUACGAUUCUGAACGACAUAACAAGCCUGUCUUCUUGGCUCAGUACGGAAAGUGGGAGCAAGGAGCAAAGAUUGCCGAGAAACACGGUUGUCUGAGCGCUCUGGCAGUCAUUUUGCUUGAGCAUAUUGAAACGCUGGAGAACCAGCUGGCGGCGGAGGACCUUUCGAGUGCCGAGAUCAAGAGUUUGAAUGCACAGCGCCAGGCCAAGAAGACUCAAUUGGAAGAUUCCUUCAGCAAAUACGGGGAGCCAUUUGCGUUUCCCAUCUACGAGUAUCUCAUCGACAAGCACGGUGUCUCGUCCGUAUUGGAUUUUGAGUUGGACACGCUUGGAUUCAAGACUCGCUUCCUACGGAGCAGACCGAACUUGGCUCGGAUAUCUUGGAUCAAUGAUGUUCAGCAAGAGCAGGAUGUGGAGCACGCAUCGGAGACCCUUAUUGACCUAGCUCUCAACAUGGAGAGCCAGGUCUGGAAGAAGAAAGUUGAGCUCAGUCUCGGCAAGCUGGCGCUACUGGCAGAGAACGAACGGAAGCCACAAGCAAGACCCUCGUUCACAGUCAAGGGGGAUGAAGCUCGCCGCGAGGAGGCACUUCAGCGUGUUGAUGACGAAUUGGUCGUCGUCAAGAUCCAAGACCAGCUCUACAGUCAAGUGCUCCCAAGCACAGUUGAAGCCGUCGACAGCGCCGCCGCCCUCAACUUCGCCCUCGAGACACACAGUACGAACAUUCCCCGUCGGCAGAAGGCACUUCUCCAACUCUUCACUGAAGGCAUGGAGAGGCUUCUAGACCAUCAGGCGCUCGACCCGAUGUACCUCAUUGACCUCCUGACUCUGAUAUCACUCCCCGCAGAGUCGAGAGAAGAGAUCCCGCACCCGUUCUGGAUGGCGCUUAAGGUUGCCGAUACGGCAUGCCACAGCGACGAGGUGAAGGAUGCCAAGAAGCUCAUCUGGAGGCGACUGUUUAUCCGUGACGAUUGGGCCAAAAUCAACGAUACCACGGGCAAAGACGACACGGAGGUUGUGACGCGCAUCGCCGAUACGGAACUUUUCGCCAUGUUCACAGACUGCAUCCGAUACCAGGAUGCCUGUGAGCCAUUCCGAUACACGACGCCGGACGAAGUGCUGGGCGUUUACACCCACGGUCUGGAUCGCCGGUUCCAGUCGUUCUCGCAAGGCGAGCAGGCGAAGCUGAUUGACGCCAUGCGCUGGGAGGAUAAGACCCUGGCCCAGUACACUUCAAAGAAUCGUCUCACGGAAUGGGUGCGGACCACGUUCGAGACCGCCCAGGCAGAAGUGGAGAACAUCACCGAGGAGGCAACCCGCGCUGGCAUCUCCGCCGUCGAGGCUCGCGAGCCGUUCCCACCGUUUGGCCGACGGUCCAGUACCACGGCCGGGGUUGGCAACACUCUCUUCGACUCAGAAGACUAAGCCGACGGGCGGCUCUCCUCAUUGGGCGGCGUUCUGUUUGAUUCUUUGAUGCGUCUCUUUCCUUCCUUCACAGGUGUACACGGGUGGGGGCAGACGGUGGUUUCACGCGCGCGGGCAAUGUACAUUACGGGCAUGGAGGGGUUGGACCGGACCGGAGCGAGAGCCUGAGAGACCCCCAUUAGAGCAGAACAGAGCAGGGUAGAGCAGCAAACGGACGGGCGGGUAGGGGAGCAAGGACACUCGGAAGGAAAGCUUCUGGAUGGGUUCGCCAGAAAAAAAGAAGAGCUGGGAGAGACCAAGAUCGAAAGGAAGGGCUCUUUAUCGAGUUGGGCUUCGGGAAAUUGCAGAUACACACAGAACGCUCGUUUUCUGCCUUGUCAGAAUAUACUUGUUGACGGG